UACAUGAUUCACGAGGCUAAGCCUGACAAAAGGUAUUUGGUAGGAGAAAUUGUCAGAUUCACAUACAAAUCAAUGAGUGUAUGGCUAAUUGCCUAUAUAAAGCACCAAAAGUUCGAACAAGAAACCAAAAUGACUUCUUCAGCUUCAAUCAUCAAUUCCAUGUUUAGUGAGAAUGAGUGGAUUGAGCACAUUCAGCAAAAUCUCAAACAAGAUUUGGAGAAUGUUAUCCAAAUUCCUUUUUCCAUCUUUCAAGUGCUUGAAUCUGCAAAAGCUUCCAAGCCCGAUGCUUACACGCCUCAAUUGAUAGCAUUGGGACCCUAUCAUCACUUCCGAUCUCAUCUCUAUCAUAUGGAGACCUUCAAGCUUGCUGUAGCUAAGAGGGCUGUUGAGAAUUUCCAACUCUCUAGUAUCAAUGAGCUGGUUGAAAAACUGAAAGCAUGUCUCCCGACUAUCUGUGCAAGCUAUAGCAGUUACUUAGUGGAUGUCCACAAGACCGCCAUGCCAUGUAUAAUGGUCAUUGAUGGACUCUUCCUGCUGGAGCUGAUUCGGAACAAUGGAGUUUUUCCAUCGAUGCCUCAAAAGAACUUCUCGAAAGACGCAGUCAUGCUUGAGAACCAGAUUCCAAUCUUGGCGUUAGGACAGAUGUUGGAGAACUGUCGCAUCAAUGAUCAGCUAUCUUCCAGUUUUGUUCAUUUUUGCAUACAGCUUUCUCCACUCCCUGUGUUAGAGACUUGUCCAGCUGUGGCCAUACGCCACUUGUUGGAUCUCUUGUACAAAAUGAUUUGCCUUAAAGAUGAGCCACUGCCUCCUUACGAGGCCUACAGCAGAAUGUCAAUCGACGAGAUGGCCACUGUUGCCUGGGAUCAGUUGAAAAAUGAUGGUUCUGGCAUCUUUGCUCCUAUAAUAAGCUCCGUGGACCGAAUCAUAACUGUGUCUAAAAGACUUGGGAUUUCGACGUACCUAAGGAAGGUUUUCGAAGAAGAUGAAGCUUUCAGUCCCACAGCGACGCAGCUCCGACGUGUUGGUGUGGAAUUCUGCAUCACAAGAGGCGGUAUCAGGAAUAUUAGUUUCGAUCAGGAUGACAAAAGCUUUAAGUUUAACCUUCCAGUAUUUACUUGGAAGCCGAAUUGUGAAGUGGUAAUGAGAAACCUGCUGGCAUACGAAGCCAUGGCAAAGUCAGAGCCCCCGAUUCUUACUCGUUACACCCAAUUGAUGAGUGGGAUUGUACGCACUGUAGAGGACGUGAAAUUGCUCAAAGACAAGAAGAUCAUUGUUACUGUAGAUGAACAACAUGUAGACUAUGAUGACAUCGUGCAACUCUUCAGUGGGAUCAUGGGCAAAUCCACCAUUAAUCUUGAAGAAAAGACCAUUUUAGAUGAUCACAUUGAAGCUGUUAACAAAUACUACGAUAAUAACCCAAAGAUUAAGGCAUCUAAGCUCUUCAAAAAGUAUGUUAAAUUUUCGUGGAAGCUUUUCAUGCUUCUUGCUGCUAUAUUGCUUUUCACCCUGUUAGGUAUUCAGACAUUUUGCGACAUCUACAACUGUCACAGCCUAUUCGGAACCACCUAUCCUGUGAAUGGUCUGUCUUCUUCGAGAUCCUCUUUCUAGCUAUAUUGUAUACCAUGUGGUGUCUUUCUUAGUUCCUAGACAAAAAUGUAUCAUCUCCAUGGGAAUAAAAAUAAAUGCAAGUAUGUAUAUUCCGCAGUAUCUAAGCUGAGGAGCACCUUCUGUUUCUACUGUUACAGACACAACAAUUACUGUUUGAAUUCCAGGAAAGAAAAUUAUGAUUA